AUGCAAUAUCUAUUCAAAAAGAAAUCAGAGCGCGUACCAGAUCCGUAUCUAAUUGAAAUACUAAAAAAUGAAUUGCAUCCAAUUCGUUUCGGAGAUGGUCGAGCAUAUUUUUGUACGAUGACGACGGCAGGCAAUUGGUUCAAAUACGUACCAAUAUUUCUACAUUUACAACGGUACAUUCGUGAUCACCAACGAAAUAGAGAGGCGGCAUUGCGACGAGGUGAAAGAACAGAGCUCCGUGAUUACAGAAAUUUCACCGUUUUUCCAGUUUCAACGUUUAAAAGACAUCACAUUCGCAUCGAUAACACAGCUCUUUAUUGCAUGCUGAGAGAUAUCGGAUGCCCACACCCACGGCUCAUUAGACGUGAUGGAACACCAAAGCAACGUGAGGAAUUAAAAGCCGCUGAUUGGGUCAUGCUUUGGCGAACGUAUUUUGACAUUGAUGCCAUUGAAAGAACACCGCAAAAUGACACUCGUGCCACUAUAAAAUUCCGAAAUUCGAUUCAAACGGAUGGAGUGGCAAUGUCAUUCUGGAUGGAACGCACAAAAUUCGUCGUUGUCAAAGAUGAAAAUGAAAUCAUGCGGGAGACUCAAGAAAAGUUAUUGAAAGCGCAACAAGUGUAUGGUCUCGAUCCAGGUCUUCGGCUGGUGAUUGGCGGUGUUUGUGUGACCAAUUACAAUGAUCCGAACAAGGAAAAUCGCCACGAAAAACUCGUUCGAUUGACAUCGGGUCAAUAUAAUCACAUGAUCGGCUAUCGCAAGCGAAAUAAAUGGCGCAAAAA